AAGGCGGAGAUAAAACUGCAACUGCGCCAAGAAAGUGAAAGCGACCGCAGUCGCCGCUGCCAGGUGACAGAAUGCUGCUCAGGGGCGCACAACUGCUGGGAUGCGGCCUGGUCUCCCCAGCCGCCCGAAGCUACAACUUCCGGCUGACCUGCCGCUUCCUGUCCGUUCAUUACGGAGACGCCAAGGCACUGACCCCCGCCGUCAAGCAGUAUGUGGAGAAGUGCGUGGAUCUGUGCAAGCCGGAGCGGGUGCACAUCUGCGACGGCACUCCCGGCGAGAGCAAGCUGCUCCAGGGACUCAUGCUGAAGCAGGGCACCAUCCUGCCGCUGCCCAAGUACGACAACUGCUGGCUGGCCCGCACCAAUCCGGCUGAUGUGGCUCGUGUAGAGUCCAAGACCUUCAUCUCCACAGCCAGCAAGGAGCAGACGGUUCCAGUGACGGAGAAGGCCACACCGGGAAUGCUUGGUAACUGGAUUUCCGAGAAGGAUCUCCAGGCGGCCAUCGCCGAGCGCUUUCCUGGCUGCAUGAAGGGGCGCACCAUGUACGUCAUACCCUUCAGCAUGGGCCCAGUCGGCUCGCCGCUCUCCAAGAUUGGCAUCGAAAUCACAGACUCCCCCUAUGUGGUGGAGUCCAUGAAGAUCAUGACGCGGGCCGGAAAGCCGGUGCUGGAGUUCCUCCAAAGCGGCGAUGGCCAGUUUGUCAAGUGCUUGCACUCGGUGGGCACGCCCAAAAGCGGUGUCCAGGCCCAAACAUCCUGGCCCUGCGAUCCCGAGCGCACUAUCAUCCUGCACAAGCCCGCGGAAAACGAGAUCGUGUCCUACGGAUCGGGAUACGGUGGAAACUCGCUGCUGGGAAAGAAGUGCCUCGCUCUGAGGAUCGGCAGCACCAUUGCCAAGCGAGAGGGCUGGCUAGCCGAGCACAUGCUCAUCCUGGGCAUCACCAAUCCGCAGGGCAAGAAGAUCUACGUUGCCGCCGCCUUUCCAUCGGCCUGUGGCAAGACCAACCUGGCCAUGAUGACGCCCACUCUGCCGGGCUACAAGGUGGAGUGCGUGGGCGACGACAUUGCCUGGAUGAAAUUCGACAAGAAGGGUGUCCUACGGGCCAUCAACCCGGAGAACGGCUUCUUUGGCGUGGCACCUGGAACUUCGAGGAGCACCAACCCCAUUGCCAUGGACACGAUCUUCCGGAACUCGGUCUUCACCAACGUGGCCUCCACCUCGGACGGCGGCGUCUACUGGGAGGGCAUGGACAAGUCGCAGCUGAAGGACGUGACCGUCACCGACUGGCUCGGCAAGCUCUGGUCGCCUGAGUCGGGUAAGCCCGCUGCCCAUCCGAACUCCCGUUUCUGCACGCCGGCCGCCCAGUGCCCCAUCAUCGAUCCUAACUGGGAGGACAGCGCCGGAGUUCCCAUCUCCGCCAUCCUCUUCGGUGGACGUCGUCCUGAGGGUGUGCCACUGGUGUACGAGGCGAGGGACUGGACCCACGGGGUCUUCAUGGGCGCCGCCAUGAGGAGCGAGGCCACCGCUGCCGCCGAGCACAAGGCCAAGACCAUCAUGCACGAUCCCUUCGCGAUGCGGCCCUUCUUCGGAUACAACUUCGGCGACUACCUCGCCCACUGGCUGAGCAUGGAGCAGCGCGGCCAGGUGCCCAAGAUCUUCCACGUCAACUGGUUCCGCAAGAGCAGCGAAGGCAAGUUCCUGUGGCCCGGGUUCGGGGACAACUCCCGUGUCCUGGACUGGAUCUUCCGGCGGGUGGAGGGCGAGCAGUGCUUCGAAGACUCACCCAUUGGCCGGCUGCCCGCCAAGGACUCACUGAACGUGGGCGGCAUGAACGAACGCAUCGAUCUCGAGCAGCUGUUCCAGCUGCCCAAGGACUUCUGGGAGCAGGAGGUGGGCGCCAUCGAGCGCUACUUCGAGGAGCAGGUGGGUCACCACCUGCCCAGCCCGGUGGCCGAGCAGCUGAAGGAGCUGAAGGCGCGUGUGGCCGACAUGUGAUGCGUGUGUUCCAUAGGUUACUCCCUCCUAAUCUAAGACCCUAUUGCCUAAAAUAAAACGAAGCGAAGCGAGAUUUUUAAAGCGAAA